AUGGUCACCGAAGGCAAGAAGAAAGCGCAUCGCGCGCAGUACCAAAAGUCGAAAGCCCAGGAUGGCCUUGCCCAGCUUCCACGGAAACGCUUCUAUCGACAGCGAGCGCAUGCGAAUCCCUUCUCAGAUCACACCCUCACCUACCCAGCCUCACCGGAUGCGAUGGACUGGUCAACUUUCUUCCCAAACUACGUACAAGACUCGUCCUCGGAUGACGUGAGCCCGAAGCGGUUGACCAAGGAUGUCGAAGUGGUGGACAUUGGGUGCGGCUUUGGAGGGCUCUUGAUGGCGCUAUCGCCUCUUCUGCCAGAUAAACUCAUGCUGGGUCUCGAAAUUCGGUCUCAGGUCACCGCCUACGUUCAGGAGAAAAUAUGGGCUUUGCGUACCCAAAACCCUGGAGGUCCCUACCAGAACGCCGCCUGUCUCCGUGCCAACACCAUGAAGUUCCUCCCCAACUUUUUCCGCAAGGGUCAACUCAGCAAGAUCUUCAUCUGCUUCCCCGACCCGCACUUCAAGGCCCGCAAACACAAGGCGCGCAUCGUCUCGACGACGCUCAACUCGGAGUAUGCGUACGCGCUCCGCCCGGGAGGUAUCGUCUAUACAAUUACAGACGUCAAGUCGUUGCACGAGUGGAUGGUGGAGCAUCUGGAUGCACAUCCGUCAUUCGAGCGGUUGAGCAAAGAAGAACAAGAGGCGGAUGAGUGCACAAAGGUCAUGAUGACGGAAACGGAGGAGGGGAAAAAGGUUACGCGGAACCAAGGCGAGAAGUUCGUCGCGCUGUUCCGGCGCCUGGAGGAUCCGCCGUGGUGA